AUGGCUGUUCUGGUUGUUUUGCUUUUGUAUUUUAUUGGAGCUGCAAAGAUACAGGCUGAUUUUUCUAAUACUGUUCCUGGAAUGACAUACAAUGUGACAGUUUCUGCAGUGUCUUCUUCAGUAUACAGUUCGCCUGCCAGUAGAACGGUGACAACAAAUGUGACCAAUCCUGGGCCCCCUUUGUUCCUUGCAGGUGAAAGAGUGGGCUCUGCUGGCAUUCUGCUGUCGUGGAAUACACCAUUGCAUCCAAAUGGGAGGAUUCUGUCCUACAUUGUUAAAUACAAAGAGGUCUGCCCAUGGAUGCAAACGGCUUAUACACAAGUUACAACAAAGCCAGAUAGUUUGGAAGUUCUUCUUACCGAUCUUAACCCUGGAACAACUUACGAAAUUACGGUUGCUGCUGAGAACAGUGCUGGUGUUGGAAUAUUUAGUGAUCCCUUUCUUUUUCAGACUGCAGAAAGUGCUCCGGGGAAAGUCGUGAAUCUCACAGUUGAAACCUUAAAUUAUUCAGCUGUAAAUCUGAUAUGGUUUCUCCCUCGGCAACCAAACGGAAAGAUGACUAGUUUCAAGAUUAGUGUGAAACAUGCAAGAAGUGGAAUCAUCGUGAAAGAUGUCUCUGUAAAAGUAGAGGAUCUUCUGUCUGGGAGGUUACCAGAAUGUAAUGAUAACAGUGAAUCAUUUCUGUGGAGUACUACCACUCCUUCAACUACUUUUGGCAAAUCCACAAUUCCUUCACGGACUACCGUUACACCAAGCACAGUAGCAUCUAGUCAAUUGAGCUCUGUUUGGAAUGAACCAAUUAGUUUUGUUGUAACUAACCUCAGACCAUAUACCACCUAUCUUUUUGAAGUCUCUGCAGUUACCACUGAACCAGGUUACAUUGACAGUGCAAUUGUCCGGACACCAGAAUCAGUUCCAGAAGAUCCACCACAAAAUUUUGCCAAGAGCAACGUUACAGCAAAGUCUUUCUUGGUGACUUGGGACCCACCAGCCAUAGUAACAGGGAAGUUUAGUUAUCGAGUUGAGCUGUAUGGACCAUCUGGUUAUAUUCUGGAUAAUAGCACAAAAGAUCUGAAGUUUGUGUUUAGUAGCCUUGUGCCUUUUACAGCAUAUGAUGUCUAUGUUGGUGCUGAGACAAGUGCUGGGGUGGGGCCAAAGACGAAGCUUACAGUUUUCACUCCUGCAGAAGUCCCAGGUACUGUAUCUGAUUUGCAUCUAGCAGAAGUGGAAGCUACAUACAUAAAAAUUGUUUGGAGGAAGCCACAACAACCAAAUGGUAUCAUUACCCAGUACAGAAUUAAAGUACAUGUGCAAGAAACAGAGGUGACUUUAGAAAACACUAUUCUCAAAGGAAAAAUGAAGUAUGCAAUUGAUUCUUUGGGACCAUACAUGUUAAGUGAAAACAUCAGGCCUUCUCCCACUUGGAAUUCAAUGGAAACAGCCAAUGAAUUAUAUGAAGGCUCAGCUGAAAUGUUUUCCAAUGUUCAAACAGCUUCCCCAGUAAUAUUUACAAGUGUAUCUGGUGAUAAUUUGCCUACAAUAAAUGGAGCUUUAGAAUCACACUCUGCUUUGGAUAAUCAGUAUACCACUAACAUUUUGGCUGAAGAGCUGUCAUAUGUUAUAAAAGGCCUUGUACCUUUCACCGACUACGUAAUCGGUGUGUCUGCUUUCACUACUAUUGGAGAGGGGCCACCGUCUAUUCUCACAGUCAGGACGCAUGAACAAGUUCCAAGCUCAGUACAAAAUAUAUCUUACAAGAAUAUUAGCUCCUCCUCUGUUUUGCUCUACUGGGAUCCCCCAGCAAAUCCCAAUGGGAAAAUCAUUCAUUAUACUGUUUAUGCAAUGGAACUGGAUACAAAAAGAGCAUUCCACACAACAACUUCAAACAACAGCUUACUUAUGACAGGUUUAAAAAAAUAUACAAAUUAUAAAAUGAGAGUGGCGGCCUCUACCACAGUUGGAGAGAGUGCUUUGUCAGAAGAAAAUGAUGUUUUUGUGAGAACCCCUGAAGAUGAACCAGACUCCCCACCCCAAAAUGUAGAGUUAAUAGAUGUGACUGCAACAGAAAUAAACCUGAGGUGGUUACCACCUGAGCAGCCUAAUGGUCUCAUAACUCACUAUGAAGUUCUCUACAGCGAUUCCAAUGAUUUAUGUACUAAAAAUGCCUCAAGUACAAGUAUAUUACUAAGUGAAAUGAAGCCAUAUACUCUCUAUAACAUCUCUGUAAGGGCAUUCACCAGACUUGGCCAUGGGAAUCAGUCAUCUUUCCCACUUUUUGUGAGAACAUCUGAAACUGUUCCUGAAUCUGCACCAGAAAACAUAACCUAUAAGAACAUUUCAUCCAUGGAAAUUGAAUUAUCAUUUUUUCCACCAUCUAUUCCCAAUGGAAUCAUACAGAACUACACAAUAUAUCUCAAGAGGACUAAUGAGACGGAGCAAAGAGUUAUCAACACUACUCUUCUGAUACUACGUAUUACAGAUUUAAAGAAAUACACAGAAUAUACAAUAGAGGUGUCUGCUAGUACCACGAUGGGGGAGGGCCUGCGCAGCGCACCGGUGCAUAUACUCACUGAUGAAGAUGCUCCUAGUUCUCCUCCAGAAUCUCUCUCAGUAAAACAGUUGUCGGGUGUCAUUGUGCAGUUGUCAUGGAAACCUCCACUGGAGCCAAAUGGAAUUAUCCUCUAUUACACAGUUUAUGUCUGGAGUAAAACAUCAGAAAGGAGUGUUAAUGUAACAGAAACAUCACUGCAGUUCACAGACCUGGAAAAUAACUAUGAGUAUAGUGCUUAUGUAACAGCAAGUACAAGAUUUGGAGAUGGAAACAUAAAAAGUGAUGCUAUAACAUUCAGAACAUCUGAAGGAGCACCAAGUGAUCCGCCAAAAGAUGUUGUGUAUAGAAACCUUUCUUCCACAUCCAUAAUGCUAUUCUGGUCUCCUCCUCAAAAGCCUAAUGGAAUUAUACUGUAUUACUCAGUUUAUUUCAAAAAUAAUUCAGGAAUUUUCAUACAGAAUUUCACGAGUUAUGGUAACAGCAGUGGUGGUGUCAAUGUGUCUCAGUCUGCAGUUCUGGAUGGCUUGGCGAAAUACAGCCAUUAUACUCUAUGGUUAACUGCAAGCACAGCUUUUGGAGAUGGAAACAAAACCAGUGAAAUAAUAGAUGUGUGUACAGAUCAGGAUAUCCCAGAUGGUUCUGUUGAAAAUCUGGUCUAUCAAAACAUUUCCUCAUCUUCUGUAAAUGUAAGCUGGCUUCCACCAUCCCAGCCAAAUGGUUUAGUCUUCUUUCAUGUGUCUUUAAGCUUAUUACAUUUGGAGACCAAAAAGAUACUGUCUUUCCUUACUUACAACACAAGCAUUAUUUUUGACAAUCUGGAGAAAUAUACUGAUUACAUUGUGAAAAUUACACCAGCUACUGGAAAAGGAUCUUCUGAAUUGCAUGCUCUAAGUCUGCAUAUCAAAACUGAUGAAGAUGUCCCAGAAUCAGCACCUAUAAUCAAAACAUAUUCAAAUCUCUCAACUACCUCAGUUAUGCUUUCAUGGGACCCUCCUGUUAAGCCAAGUGGUAUCAUAAUAAGUUAUGAUUUACAUUUAUUUGGCCCAGAAAGGAAUAAUUCAUUCUCUACCUCCAAUAAUUUUGUGAUCUUGGAAGACCUUGCACCAUUCAGACUGUACAGCAUUUAUGCAGCUGCAAGAACUAUAAAAGGACUUGGUCCUUCUGCUGUGCUUCUGUUCUACACAGAUGAGUCAGUGCCAUUAGCUCCACCUCAGAAUUUGACCGUUAUGAACUACACUGCAAACUCUGUGUGGCUAAAAUGGGAUCCAAAUCCUCAGCCGAAUGGUGUUAUUAUGAGAUACAAUUUUAAGAUUUAUCAAAACAACAGUGAAAAAAUAUUUUAUCAGAAUGUUUCAGGUUCAAGCAACGAGGCCAACCUUAUUGGAUUAGAACCAUUCAGCACUUACAUUAUCAGUGUAUCUGCAUAUACCAAACUUGGGAACGGCAAUCAGUUCAGUAAUGCUGUCCAAUUUACGACAAUGGAAUCAGUACCAGAUGUUGUACAGAACGUUCAUUGUGUUGCAACGAGCUGGCAAUCAAUCCUAGUGCAGUGGGACCCCCCUGCCUCAUCAAAUGGUGUGAUAACUCAUUACGUCGUAACAGUUGAAGGAAAUUCCAUGAACUUUUCUUCCUAUGAUAAGCUGCAUACUUUUAGAAAUCUACUUUCCAAUAUUUCUUACCAAUUUAAAAUAAAAGCUGCAACAUCAGCUGGUGAUGGUGAAGAGCAAAUAUGCAAUGCCAGUACGCUUCCAGAAAGAGUUCCCAGUGUUCCCAGGGAUAUUGGUUUUUCCAAUGUACAAUCAACAAGUGUGACCUUGAAUUGGAGAGCACCGAAAUCUAUCCUUGGCUACUUUCAGAACUACAGGAUUACCACACAGCUACAGUCUAUCCACUGCAGUGACUGGGAAACUAAGGAAUGUAUUGAAUACGAGAUGUAUCAGUAUUUAUAUGAAAAUGCUGUGGAUGACCAGAUAGAAGGGACAGUUUAUGGACUAAAAAAAUACAGAUGGUACAGAUUUGCUGUUGCUGCCAGUACAAAUGUUGGUUAUGGCAGCUCUUCACCUUGGAUUUCUACACAAACACUUCCUGGCUCUCCAGAUGGUCCUCCAGAAAAUGUGGCUGUAUUAGCUACGUCUCCUCACAGUAUUAAUAUCAGCUGGACUGAACCUGUCAUCGUUACUGGACCGACAUGCUACCUCAUAGAUAUAACCUCAGUAGAUAAUGACAAUUAUAAAGCUCAAUUUCUGAAGACAAAUGAUGAGGGUAAAGCCUUAGAAAUUUCUGAUUUAAAAGCAUUUACAAGGUAUUCUGUAAUAAUCAUUGCCUUUACGGGAGAUGUUAAUGCUGCACCCGUUGAAGGCAAGGCUAGUUCUCCAGUAAUUGUCUCCACUUUUGAAGCAGUGCCUGAAGACCCACCUAACAACAUAACAUUUCAGAAGAUUCCAGAUGAAGUAACAAAGUUCCAAGUAACAUUUGUGCCACCAGCUGAACCAAAUGGGAAUAUUCAGGUGUAUCAAGCUAUGGUCUACAAUGAAGAUGACCCUGCUGCCAUCCAGAUCCACAACCUUAGUGUCAUUGAUAAAACGGAUCAGUCAGUCACUGCUGUGAUAGAAGGGCUAAAAGGAGGGCAUACAUACAAUGUCAGUGUGUAUGCAAUUAAUGGUGCUGGUGCAGGGCCAAAAAUUCAACUGAAAAUAACUAUGGACAUCAAAGAACCACCACGGCCUAAUAAGAAACCAGCACCAGUUUAUGAUACCAAUGGGGCCUUACUUGUCACAGCUACGACGAUUACUAUCAGAAUGCCAAUAUGUUAUUAUAGUGAUGAUCACGGUCCUAUAAAGAAGAUACAAGUUCUUGUUGCGGAAGCUGGAGCUCAGCAUGAUGGGAAUGUUACUAAGUGGUAUGAUGCCUACUUCAACAGAGCAAGGCCAUAUUUUGCAAAUGAAGGUUUUCCAAACCCACCUUGUGUAGAAAGAGAGGAAGGUCUCAGUGGUAAAGAAGAGAUAUAUGUCAUAGGUGCUGAUACUACAUGUAUGAUACCAGGCAGUCAAGACAAAAUAUGCAAUGGCCCACUGAAACCAAGAAAGCAGUACCUAUUUAAGUUCAGAGCAACUAAUGUUAAGGGACAGUUUACAGAUUCUGACUAUUCUGACCCUGUAAAAACCUUAGGUGAAGGACUGUCAGAAAGAGCUGUGGAAGUUAUACUUGCUGUUACUUUGUGUAUACUGUCAGUUGUUCUUCUGGUGGCUGCAGUCUAUGCUUUUGCAAGAAUUCGGCAAAAGCAAAAAGAGGGGGGCACAUACUCCCCACGAGAUGCUGAAAUUAUUGACACUAAGUUCAAACUGGAUCAGUUGAUCACAGUGGCAGACCUGGAGCUGAAGGAUGAGAGAUUUACACGGUUACUUAGUUAUAGAAAAUCCAUCAAACCAAUAAGCAAGAAAUCCUUCCUGCAACAUGUUGAAGAGCUUUGCACAAACAACAACCUAAAGUUUCAGGAAGAAUUUUCGGAGCUUCCCAAGUUUCUUGAAGACCUUGCUUCAACUGACGCUGAUCUGCCUUGGAACAGGUCGAAGAAUCGUUUCCCAAACAUAAAGCCGUAUAACAACAACAGAGUAAAGCUGAUGCCUGAUGCUGGUAUUCCUGGAUCUGACUACAUUAAUGCCAGCUACGUAUCUGGCUAUUUGUGUCCAAAUGAGUUUAUUGCAACUCAGGGACCGUUACCAGGAACAGUGGGUGAUUUCUGGAGAAUGGUGUGGGAGACUAGAGCAAAAACACUUGUGAUGCUUACACAAUGUUUUGAAAAAGGACGGAUAAGAUGUCAUCAGUAUUGGCCAGAAGAUAAUAAACCAGUGACUGUAUUUGGGGAUAUAGUGAUUACUAAAUUGAUGGAAGACACUCAAAUAGACUGGACCAUCAGAGAUCUGAAAAUUGAAAGGCAUGGAGACUGCAUGAUGGUGCGGCAGUGCAACUUUACUUCCUGGCCGGAACAUGGAGUCCCUGAAACUACUGCACCAAUUAUCCAUUUUGUAAAACUUAUCCGUGCAAGUCGAGCACAUGAUACUACACCGAUGGUGGUUCACUGCAGUGCUGGUGUUGGAAGAACAGGAGUUUAUAUUGCACUUGACCAUUUAACCCAACAUAUAAAUGAUCAUGAUUUUGUGGAUAUCUAUGGACUUGUAGCUGAAUUAAGAAGUGAAAGAAUGUGUAUGGUACAGAAUCUGGCACAAUAUAUAUUCUUGCAUCAGUGUGUACUGGAUCUGUUGACAAGCAAGGGAAGCAGUCAGCCCCUCUGUUUCGUAAAUUACUCAGCGCUGCAAAAGAUGGACUCUCUGGAUGCCAUGGAAGGUGACGUGGAGCUUGAAUGGGAAGAAACUACCAUGUAAAUAUUAAAACUAAAUAUUGAAA